CUGGUUCGUGGGCCCCUCGGGCAUUCAUACUACUACUAACACUUGCUCUUCACUCUGUUCCCCCCUCUCAAAUAUCGCUUCAUCUGGCAUGCUGGGUAUCUGAACAACCAAUCUGCAGUGAUUUUUGGUGUAUAUAGUCUCCCCUCUACGGCCCGAUGGACAAGUUUUAUCAGUAACGAAGCCGGCAGCGAACCGUGAACGCAAUGAAGACAAGAACAAGAAUACAGAACGUGCCAAUCUUCGCUACAAUCCCUAUGGUGUGAAGAAGGCGACGAGCGACGCUUUGAUAUUGGAAAGAGAAGAAGAAGACCGAGAAGUGAGCUGGUAUCAGUUCUCAAUGCGUUCGUCGAAUGAACCCGCUCGUUUCGAACAGGAUACUUGCCCCUCUGUUCAAGGACGGGGCAACGCCAUCUUCGUCCGCAUUGACCAAGCACUUGCUCCACACGCUUCCGGAGAAGUCGAACCCUAUCACACAUUCCGACAUCUAUCAUCGGACAGAUCAUAUUGUGUCUGCCGCUACGGGGCACCAGCGCUCAGAUGGCCGCGGCCAACUGAAUAGGAGCUAUGUGGCCUCGCGGUCGGAGAAACUCAGGCAACAACUACCAGAGCGACUUGAAGGCCCCGAGGGUAAUAUCCUCCAGGGUGUCAGGGUUUAUAUCAACGGCUAUCUCGAAGACACGACAGACAUUGAGAUGAAGCGAAUUGUGACUCUGGCCGGAGGUCAAAUGCUUCAGACCGCUUCCGGUGCGACACAUGUCUUAACGUCGCAGCAGCUCAGCGGAUCCAAGACGCAGAAGCUGCUGACUAGGCGCUCAAAGAUCAAAGCCCAUGUUGUUAGGCCUGAAUGGGUGACGGAUAGCAUCGAGGCAGGGAAACGGCUACAGGAGCGGGAUUACGCCGUGGUUAUGGACACGUCCUCCCGAAGUGUAGCGAAUAUGUUCCGCGUCGACAACGGACAAGGACAGCCGAGCUGAUUUAUUGUGUAUUUAUGAUGACGGCGACAGAUGGUCACGACGCUUCUCCAUCCGCAUACCCACUUGUAGCCUUAUUCAAGGACUCUUCAUAUUUUCAAUACGGUUGGCUCCAGCUUUAUGUUCUCGCCGACUCGCAAUGACUGCAAUGCUAUACUGCCU